AUGACGGCCGAAAAACCACUACUUCACCUGAGUGGGUUGGCCAAACGUUAUAUCCUCAGCCUCCCUAGUCCUUUUAUUGCUGUGGACAAGUUUCUACAGCCGGGGAUUUUCUCCGGUAGAGUAGAAAAUUGCGAAGAGUUCCUCACGAAGUACUGCCUCGCGUUCCUGUUACACCCUGAUCAGUUCCCGUCUGAGCGGACACAGGUAGCCUUCGUGUUGCUUCGGCUGGCCGGUCCGGCACUGCACUGGGCUGGGUCCCUGGCGGUUAAGGAAGAGGCAGUUCUCCAUUCUCUGGACCUCUUCUUGGCGAGAUUCUGCCAGGAGUUUGGCCCGCCGAACCUAUGUCUCCUGUGUGUGUCGCUCCAGUUCCCAAACCCUUCUACCAUCCGCGAAAUAAGGGACGAAUUUGCAGCUGUUGUUUACUCUGGACCGAAUCCCUCAUACGAGUUCCACCUAAUUAUCUCAGUCAUUUCUUUGGAAGUAGCGCAGAAGCAGCACACCCAGCAGAUCACUCCUGGUUUACAUCAGCUUCCAGGUCCUCCUGGUCCCAAAGGUGACAGAGGAUUUCCUGGGCCACCUGGGUUACCUGGGAGAGAUGGUAGGCCAGGGGUAACUGGGUUACCUGGUGCACCUGGACCUCCAGGGAGAGAGGGAUUGCCUGGAAAUCCUGGACCACUUGGACCACCUGGACCACCUGGACCUUUUUCAAUGUGUGAACAAGAUGCCACUCGUUCCAGUUGCCCGAACCUCAAAGCCUUCACGGAGGGCCUUGCUAAGUUAGAUCAGGCUAUAAACUAUGACUUUGUCCGGAGGGUUGGUCAGAAAUACUUUGUGUCCUACAAGGAGAGAGACUCUUUCUCCAGGGCCGUCGAGUUCUGCUCCCAACGAGGCUUAGAGCUGGCUUUGCCCCAGAACGAGGAGGAGAACAGCGUACUGACUCAGUUCUUUGGGGAUGCUUACAAAACGGCCUGGAUCAACGUCAACAAUCAAAAAGCAGAGGGGAAUUUUGAGACAGACAUGAACAACCGACCUCUGACAUUUACCAAAUGGGGAGGAGGGCAGCCAGACAAAUCCAUCCAGGAUACAGGCUGCACCAUGCUGUCAGAAAACGGCGUUUGGAGAGUGACACACGAAUGCUUCCUGAAUGCUUUCAUCAUUUGUCAGAUAUAGAAAGUUCUUAUAUUCCAGAUUAGGAAUCAUUGCUCUUAGAAAUAUUUACUUUCACAUGUUACAGUUUCCCUAAACCAUUAUGUUAGAUCUUAGUCCCAGGAACCUAUAAGUGCAUCAUCAGCAUGACAUUAUUACUGUUGCAAAGACAUAUUCCUAUAUGAAAAAGAAUUAAAGUACAGGAUUAAAGGAAGGAUAAUAUACAUAUAUAAGAACAAACAAUGCUUUCUGAGAGUGUAUGCCACAAUAAAGUGUACAGCAGUUAGCUAGCCUAGCUGCCUAGCUAUUUUAUCAGUUGAAAAAGUGAGUUAGAAAGUUUAAAGGAUUGGUAAAAUGAGUAUGUGAAUGUUAACAAAAGCAGCAGAAAAUUGACAACACUGACAAUAACCGACUUGACUUAGAGUAGGGUUUUCUCAAUGAUUUCUGACACUGUGUGUGUGUUUUUGUCACAACAUCAGAGAUUCACACUGACCAUGCUUUACAUAUUUACCACAGAUACUGAGGGUACUUUCAAACUAUCCAGCAGAGUGCAGUGUUUUUUUCCACAUUUGCCACUUGAACAUGAUACAUCCGUAACCAGUACUUGUACAAUGUUGGUUGUUUUCAGUACAAAUAUUUUAAGCCAAACAUGCCUUUUUAUCAUUCA